AUGCAACUUAUCGCAUCGAGCGUAUUUGAUGUCGGAGUCCUCGCGGAUCCUUGCGGGGAAUACUUGUUCCGCUCUUCCGAACAUACUACUACCCCCCUUAUUCGGACGUCGGGCAACCAUUUGAGACAGGAUGAGAUCCUUCAAAGCAACCGCUCUUCCGCCUCAACGGUACCCAGCCCUCGGCUGGCAGCGGAAGAGGCGCGGAGAGCUGCGGUAUCGAACCCACUGAUGGCUAUCGGAUGGUACGGCAUAGGAGCCUUUAGGGGCGGACUGUCGGACAAACCACCACCACCCCUCCAAGUCAAGGCCGCCACAUAUCUGAUCACUCAACAAGCAACCUGGUAA